AAACAUGACGUAAAGGCGUUUGUCCCCUCCUCCCAACCUUCCCCACCCCCACAGUCCCGCCUGCUCCAGCUGCGUCCGCCGCUGUCCUGUCUGGCUGCCCGGUGUCUGCUCUGCUGGUCCCCGCUCUGCCCCACUCUUACCCCAGACCCAAAGCCUCCCUUGCACCGCCCCGGCUACCGAACUCCAGUGGAUGCACUAGCUUGCAAAUAUGACAGGCAUCGCCGCUGCGUCGUUCUUCUCCAACUCCUGCAGGUUCGGGGGUUGCGGUCUCCAGUUCGAGUCUCUGGCCGAGCUCAUCGUCCAUAUCGAGGACAAUCACAUCGACACAGACCCCCGGGUGCUGGAGAAACAGGAGCAGCAGCAGCCUACCUACCUAGCCUUGAGCUACAUCAACAGGUUCAUGACGGAUGCGGCCCGGCGGGAACAGGAGACCCUGAAGAAGAAGGCCACGCCCAAGCUGUCGCUGUCCAUCAGCGGGGGCUUGUCUCGCCACAGCGUGGCCACGCCCCCUCGCCACACCAGCGGCAACCUGACCCCGCCCGUAACUCCUCCCAUCACACCUUCCUCCUCCUUCCGCAGUAGCACGCCUACAGGUACGACAACAGGCAGUGAGUACGACGAGGAGGAGGUGGACUACGAGGAGUCAGACAGUGACGAGUCGUGGACCACAGAGAGCGCCAUCAGCUCCGAGUCCAUCCUCAGCUCCAUGUGCAUGAACGGGGGGGAGGAGAAGCCCUUCGCCUGCCCCGUGCCCGGCUGCAAGAAGAGAUACAAGAAUGUGAACGGUAUCAAAUACCACGCCAAGAACGGCCAUCGCACCCAGAUCCGCGUGAGGAAGCCCUUCAAGUGCCGCUGCGGGAAGAGCUACAAGACGUCCCAGGGCCUGAGGCACCACACCAUCAACUUCCACCCGCCCGUCUCUGCCGACAUCAUACGCAAGAUGCAGGGCUAGAGAUGGUCACCGUGCCAACCCCCCCCCCCCAGACUACCCCAUUCUCCCGUACCUCACCAUGUCCUUAACACAAUCCCAUUCUCCAACACACUAAACAAGGAUCAAGUGCAUGCUUUAAUUUUUUUUUUUAAUAAUGUUUUUAUCUGUCUUGUUAUUGUAUUUGUAUUAUUAUUAUUUUACGUUACAGUAUCUCACUUUUUUAAUCGUUUAUCUUCGUAGGCUUCUUAAGUGUUUUACGUUGUUGUACAUUUGCACAUUCUUAUGCUAUCACAUCUAUUUUGGUUACUUUUGUACUGACAUACGGUGCUAACUGUAAAAAAACAAAGAACGAAAAUGAGGAAAAAAAAAAGAAAAGUGUCCAAGUGGGGAGAAACAAAUCAGAGGAAUAAUCAAGAAAGUGCAACCAAGCCCCGCCCCUUCCUGUCACCUGACCCUGAUCGUAAGUCAGAUUUGCAUCUUACUGCUGAUUGGUGAAAGUUAGGAUUCAUCCAAGAUCCUAACUUAUCCAAGAUCUGUGCCUAUGCAUCAGUUCCUGGGAGAGGACUGGGCAAAAAAGCUUGAGAGUUAAGUUAUACAGCAAACUAUAUAUGAAUAGAUAUAUAAACAAUAGAAAGAUAUGUAAGUGUAUAUACAAAUAUAUAUAUAAGUAUCCAUGAGCAUAUACGAAAUAGUUACACUUUAUUUUCAAGCUUUAUUUUAUACUUUAUUUUUCAAAAUGUUUUCAGAUGUUAUUUCAUUCAUAUUUUAUUGAGAAGUGUUCCUUUUAUUCCUCUAUGGUCCCCUGAUGACAAGCAUAUCUGUGGGGUUCAGAGGUCAGACAGUCUGGUGACUUCUGGACUAGGGCUCAUUUCAACACUAGCCAUGCAUCCUUGCCUCAGAGCCUUCUACAUAGCCAAUCAUCGGGGCUCAAAGCUGUUUACAUUUACAUUUAGUCAUUUAGCAGACUUACAGUAAGUACAGGGACAUUCUCCCCGAGGCAAGUAGGGUGAAGUGCCUUGCCCAAGGACACAACGUCAGUUGGCAUGACCGGGAAUCGAACUGGCAACCUUCGGAUUACUAGCCCGAUUCCCUCACCGCUCAGCCAACAGACUCCCCAUAUUUUGUGACACUGAUGUGUGGGAUGCAUGGUGAACGUGUUUGAAUGUUCCCUGGAUGUCCCUAACAGCCUCACUAGACGUCCUCGUGCAUUCCCAAUUAUAGAACUAGGACUGUGUUCAAUGGUCUAGAUAUAACUACUCUGAUUCCCAACAUCUAGACAAGAGAAUCGUUUCUUUGGAGUCCUUGAACUGCAUCACAGAAGCUGUUCGGAGCCUUCAGAGGUGACAUGUGGAGCGUUUUCCAUUCCAGUUGCCAAGUUAUUUUGUUUUUGUUGCCCAUGAUCGUUGCCAUCAGCUCUCUACUGCCAAACACUGACCAUACCAUGUGCCUAAGGAAGAGGGGGAGGGAGAGAGACUUUCAUAUGGUUUCAUCCAGGAGGCAGCAAGUGUGUCUCAUAAAAUCUCCUGAGUGUGUGUGUGUGCGCGCGUAUGUACGUACAGUGUGUACACUUUUGGUGUUUUGGGGCAUGUGAGUGAAUGAGUGUGUGUUUUGAGAGAUUACCGACUACAACCUUUUACUGCCUUGUGUUGUAGUCCUCAGCAUUCCAGUACAGUACGUGGUGUUGCUUUGUAGCCAGGUCUUUCUGCAGUAUCUGAGUUGUCAGCCUAUAUAGUGUUAUUCUGAUGUCUGUUCCUCUUUAUCCGUAGUGUUAUUGAUGUCUGUGCCAGCAGGCCAACUAGUUAAUUGGGAUCUCCUGUAGACCAGGAGACUAGUGGCUGUUCAGCUCUCCUAACUGCCUCCCCCCCUUCUGGAGCAGUAGUGUGCAGAGAGGUGUUGUGUCAAAAGGUGGUGCCCAUGACAAUGUGCCCCCCCCCCCCCCCCCACCUCGUACACAAUCGGCCACCAUUUUUUCACAUGCUUUUGUAAAAACAUGAAGUCCGUGUUCCCUCCUUUCCUUCGCACGUACACCCGCGCACCAUCUCGCCGUUCUGUUGCCAUGAAAACCUUUCUUAGUGACACACGGGUCACUUGGAUGGAGCUGUUACACACAGUAAGGAGAGUGGCUGCUCAGCAGUGUUACCACCACUUGACAUCACCAGUCUACGGGGUGAAACGAUGGGCUGUUUCCAAGUCCCGUUCGCUGCGGCCCUGUCCUUCUAGCCCCUCGCAGCUUCACUUUCCAUACUUGGAAAUGAGGAGCGGUGGAAUGUUCUGGUGUGGGAUUAGAGACAGACAGACGGAGAGUCUCCAGGUCAGGAUCUGUCAAACACUCCUAAACCUGUCCUCUUCCACAGAUACCAAGGUCGCCAUGGGAACAAUGCAGAUGACAUUGUUUAACGGGGCCAGUGACAGUAUUACACGUAUGGUGUUGGAGGACAUGGCUGUGUGUGUGUACAGGGAGAGGGGGCGGACAGGAGAUUUCAAUAUACUGUGUACAGUGAAUGUAUUGUAAUGUGUCUGUUGUCAAGUGCUUUUAAAUUAUAUUUUUAUAUGUCACGUGGAGAACGCUGUUUCCUGUUUUGUAUGGAGGCAUACAGAUGUUGUAAGGAAGGUAACUUGUAUACUGUCAAACUGUCUUUCUAUAUAAGAAGCUGCUCCAGAAAUGUAAACACCAUUACAUGGAAAAUAAAUAAAGUUCAAGCUCA